UAUGUAUUGAGAUAGGUGUCAAGAUAAAACAAAUUUUAGUAUCGUAUAAUGCAUUUAAGGUAUACAUAGCAUAUUAAGUUAAUGCAAAAAAUGUUUCAAGUAAAAUAUCCAGUGGAAACAAUGGACGUAAACUUUUGUUAUAAAUUAUCUACAUGUUUAGUGUUGUUGAUUUUGGAGUUGCUAUUUAAAGCAACGCAUAGUGCAACACAAGCUGAAAUUAAUAAGCAUUUAGAAUUAGGUAAACAAUUUUUAGCAAAAGGACAGCUCUCUGAUGCAUUGUCACAAUAUCAUGCAGCUGUUGAGGGCGAUCCAAACAACUACCUCACUUAUUUUAAACGGGGAACAGUAUACCUUGCUUUAGGAAAAGCAAAAAAUGCAUUGAGUGAUCUAGAUCGUGUUAUUGAACUGAAACCAGACUUUACUGCAGCUAGGAUUAGCAGAGGAAGUGUGCAUUUGAAAUUAGCAAAUUAUGACUUGGCCCAAUUAGAUUUUUAUAAUGCUUUGAAAAUGGAUCCAUAUAAUCAAGAAGCAAAUGAACUUAUUCAAAGGAUACAACCAGCAGUAGAAAACAAAGCAAAUGCAGAUCAUUACUUUGCUCAUGGUGAUUAUAGAAAUGCAAUACGUUUUAUUUCUGCAGUAAUAGAUGUUAGUCCUUGGGCUGCUAAUUUAUUUGAUGAACGUGCUAAAAUGCACUUGGCCAAUGAUGACCCAUUGGCAGCAGUGGGUGAUAUAAGAAUUGCAACUAAAUUGCAAUCUGAUAAUACAGAUGGAUACUUUAAUUUGGCCACUAUAUUGUAUCAGUUAGGUCAUGCAAGUGAUGCUUUAAAAUCUAUUCGAGAGUGCUUGAAACUUGAUCCAGAACACAAACAUUGCUUUCCACUUUACAAAAAAAUAAAGAAAAUAGAAAAAUUUUUGACAGAUGCUGAAACAUCUUUAGAAGCACAAAAUUAUGCAGAUUGCAUAUCAUCAGCACAAAAAGUUCUCAAGAAUGAAAAUGAAGAGCAGAUGAUAAUUUAUGAGGCUAAAAGACUGUUAUGUUCAUGUUAUUCUAAAGAUGAACAACUUCCAGAUGCUAUUAACUUCUGUGGUGAAGCACUGGAAUUAAACAAAGAUCCAUACAUUUACUGUGAUAGAGGAGAUGCUUAUAUUAAUUCUGAAAUGUAUGAUGAUGCCAUUAGAGACUUUAAAGCUGCAUUGGAUAUGGAUCAGACAUUGGACAGGGCUAAAGAAGGAAUGGAGAAGGCUAAGAAAUUACAACAACAAGCUGAACGUCGAGAUUAUUAUAAAAUACUGGGUGUAAAGAAGAGUGCUUCCAAAAAGGAAAUAAUAAAGGCUUAUAGGAAAAUGGCACAAAAAUGGCAUCCUGAUAACUAUCCUAAUGAUGAGAAAAUGAAAAAAGUUGCUGAGAAGAAAUUUAUGGACAUAGCUGCAGCUAAAGAGGUGCUCACUGACGAGGAAAAACGACGAAAAUUUGACAUGGGUGAAGACCCAUUAGAUCCUGAAUCAGGGCAACCACAUAUGCCAAACUUCCAUCAGUUCCAUAGUUUUCAAGGAAGUCCAUUUAAUUUCAGAUUUCACUUCAACUAGUCAGAAAACCCCUUUUAUUCUAAUGUUUACCCAAUAAAGACUUGUACAGUGAAAAGAUUAUAAUUUAUAACUAGUGAAUUCAACAAGUGAAAACAAACUUAAACUGAUUUUUUAUCAGACUGUGAGUGCUGUGUUUAUAGUUAAAAUGUAUAUAUUACUUUUUAGUUAUAAAUAAAAUAAUUUAUUUUUUGUUUUG